CAUCUGAUUCUUAAUAAUUACUAUACUAUUGGAAAACACAGAAGUCCAGGAAGCAUUUCCAAAUGAUGUCCGCAAUAUUUAAUGGACUAAAGGCCGCACAGAGGCUUCAAACUGCAAACCCAAUGCUAUUCCAGCAUGUGACGAGAAGCAUGGCUGGUUGGAAUAAGGAUUACAAACCUGCUCAGAUUCCAAAAACCGAAAAGGAUUAUGCAGCGGCUGCAAAAAAAUACUACCUACUGCCAGAGGAAUAUCGUCCAUAUGCCGACAACGGUCUAGGCUAUGGUGAUUACCCUGAUUUGGGUAAAGGUUUAGGUAUAGAAUCGAAAGACCCCUACUAUCCAUACGAUUUUCCGGAGCAUAAGCGCAAUCUCCAUGAGACGUUGCAUGCUGACAUUGAUUUAUACGGAGAAGAUCGCUUCUCGCAGGCGGAGAAACCAAGAUUUACAAAUGCUCAAUAUUGGCUGAGCUUUCUAGGUGUAAUGUCUGCUUGCUUUGCUCUUUAUUAUUGGUUGGAAAACUACCGUAUGUACCGCCCGGUGGCUGUAAAGCAAUAUCCAGGAGAUGGCAGAAAACACUAUACAUUCGAAAGUGAAUAAAACGAUUCAGCUGGCUAAUGCAAAUAAAGUACGAAUGCUGUUAAAAACAAUUCCCAUAUGAAUACUUGUAAAUAAAACAAUUUUAUUUAAGCUUCCUAA